AUGGUUGACCUAUGGCAUAUCUUAGAAACUGUUGUUGGCAUUUUCUUCGACGCCCAUCUGACGACCUGGAACGGGUGCAGGGUGGAGUUGAACGUAGAGAUGUAUAUGGACCGCAGACAGGUCCGCGAUUGUGGUGCUUACGGCGUCACCUUUUUCAAGACGCAAAACCCGCCUACCUGCUUUAUCACGCUAUUUGGCAACAUGGGGGAAGACCUUCGAAAGUGGCGCGUCACACCAUCGUUGUAUAUCGUCGAGACUCUCUUACAUCAGAUGGUGCACGCCUUCAUCGAACUUUACUGGAACAGAGAUCAGGCUGAUCGAGCAGCUGGCCUGAUCGACGACGGUGGGCAUGGUCCUAUCUUCGAGGAAAUCUUAACCUACAUCGCGGAACGUAUGGAGGUCUUCGACCCGGUACUUGCGAACCUCCGGGCCCCUCCUCCCCCGCCGUUCCCAUCCCCGGAAGACGGAUCCACCCAGGGGGUCAUGUUCAAUCCAACGGGAGCGUUGAGGGUUGAAAUCAAGCGGGCUCAGGCCGAAAUAGAGCAUCGGAUAGAUCAGGUGGAGGCUAGUAAUACCUCGAUGUUCGAUGGACUCGAGGCGGAUAUGCAGGCCAACGUCAAACGACUUGAUGCCCUGGAGACGCAGAUCAAAGAUCGGGCGGAGGCCCAUGCUACUAACGAAAGGUUCAGAACCCUCGAGGGAUGA